CGUCCACAUGUUCAUGAAGGAGACGUCUCCCAUUACCUCCCGCAGAUCUCUUUGGGUCCUGCAGGCUUCCGUAGUUUUGUGCGUGCUCGAGUGACGCACGGGCGGCUGCCGAGCAGGACGGCGUUACAGGCAAGAUGGCGACCUCGGAGCCGCGUGGAACCGAAAGUGAGGAAGGCAGCAGUGACACUUCUUUGGCUCCAGUCUCCAACCCUGAACAGUAUAUCAAACACCCCCUGCAGAACAGAUGGGCUCUCUGGUAUUUCAAAAAUGAUAAAACCAAAAGCUGGACAGAGAACCUGCGCCUCAUUUCCAAGUUUGACACAGUGGAAGACUUCUGGGCGUUAUACAAUCACAUACAGCAGCCUAGCAAGCUCGUAUAUGGCUGUGACUACUGCUUGUUUAAGGACGGGAUCAAGCCCAUGUGGGAGGAUGAGAGGAAUAAGCUGGGUGGCCGCUGGUUGAUGACCCUUAGCAAGCAGCAGAGGCAUAACGACCUGGACCGCUUCUGGAUGGAGACGCUGCUGUGCUUAAUUGGGGAGUCAUUCGACGAGGCCAGUGACGACGUCUGUGGUGCGGUGGUCAACGUCAGACCGAAAGGGGACAAAAUAUCCAUCUGGACCGUAAACUGCCAGAAUAGAGAUGCCAUCAUGACGAUAGGACAGCACUACAAAGAACGUCUGAAUCUCCCCCUCAAAGCAUUGAUUGGGUAUCAGUCACAUGACGACACCUCGAGCAAAAGUGGAUCCACGACGAAGAACAUGUACACGGUUUGAGGAGAGCCCCUUUGGCUCCGCUGUAGGUUUAAAAAUUACCCAUCUCAUCAUAUUAAUACCUUUUCAGUUGACUACUGUAGUGAUCUCCUUUUAAAAAAAGUAACAUUUCACAGUCCAGCAGCUACCAACAUCAGUGGACUGAUCACGGAAUGUCAGCUGUCUGCUUAAAUGCUGGCAUAUAGUAAAAAGUAUUGAACGAGAGUGUAUGAACCAAUAACUCUGAAGGACAUGCAGGCUGGCUAUUGAGCACCAUCCAUGAAAAGCCUUGGGCUUCAAUAAAAGACACAUUUCUCAGCUUCCGCUUUUCUUGAUCUCUGGCCGCAGUAGCUUGACGCGAGAAGCAGCAGCGAUAGCUGCUGCCCAAGGGGGCAAAUUCGCGCAGCAGCUCCCUGGAGAAAUGACCGUAGUUAACGUCACCAAGAGUGUUGUGCUCAGCUAAGAUUUUUUUUGUUUGUUUUUUUUUUUUUUUGGCUUGUAGAACGUUUGAAUGGCCGGUUUUCAUAUUUAUGAGAAGUAUUGCAGUUGAACUAUACAUCUUGAGGAUGAGGAUGUACCCAGUCUGUUUCCGGAGGAGGUUUGUGGUGUGGAGCAUGCUCAGUGUGCUGCACUGGACAUCCAUACCCCCCCCCCACCCCCCAGCUUCGAUCAGCAUUUCCUACUGCUGUCCUCCUAACAAUACUGGCGGUGUUUGCUAUAUUUCACACUACUUCUUGGUUAAUGCAAAUAGACUCCUCCAUUGUGAACUGAUUUUUGCUCUUAAUGUCUUUAUUAUCUGUAAUUCCAGGAUGUAUAUGAGAUUCUUUGAAAUAAAAGUUAAGUGCUUUGCAUUUCUGCCACA